AUGGCACAGCAUGCAUGCAGCAUUGUUAUGCGCCUGAUAGCUAUACCCAGUACUCCGUACAGCGCGGGGUUGUUGCAAUCUCUGCUUCGAAAGAUCAAGUACAAUCCCGCGAGCUGCUUGAGUCAAGUAUGCCAGUCUCGACAUCCUCAGAAGCUAUAUACAUUCACGGGAAUUGAGGCCUUCCAUUCCCAAGGGGUACGUCUAUGCCUCAAGGGAUUAAACGCGAAACCAGACAUGUGUUUAGCUGGAUAUUCAUUCCGGACCAGAAAUCAAUUAUCCAAUAGCUACCGUUCGGAUCCAAUUCUAUUAGACCACAUCAAGUAUCUAACCUCGAAAGCUAUAGAUUACUUUUCAAUCUCAAAAUUAUUAUCCAACUUCUUCUCCAUCUUGACUUCAUACAAUCGAAACAUGUGA